CCGCCAACAAUGAGCCUUGGAGCCAACCAAGCUCCGGGUGCCAUGGCCGGGCCCAGCCUGGGAGGGGGGGGUGUACAGCAGGGCACCCUGGGGCCCUUCCCCAAGCCACUGUGGGGGCGCAGAGCCUAGGGUAGGUCAUGGGGGUGGAGUCAAGGGGUGUGGGAGGGCACCAUCACCAAAGUGAGCCUGGGCAGCCCAUGGAGACCCUGCUUCCUGCCACCCCCUUCCCUGUCUGGGUUCCAUGGUGGGGGAGCAAGGGGGAAACAGGCGUGAGGCCUGGGAGAGGCACUGGACAGAUCCCCCUUGGGCCAAGAUUGGGGGUGCCAGGCACUGCCACCCACUGAGAUGAACCCAGGAGUCCAACUACAUGUGCCCCUGGCCUGAGGUACUUUCCUUUGUCUCCAAGGCAACUGCUGCCCCCCCUCCCCCUCCCCUCCUCUGGUGCUAUCCACAGAGGAAAGAAAAAAGGGAAGGUCCUGCCCCCCACAUCCUGGUGCCCAGCCCUGCUGAUGGGUAUAGGUGUAGGGGCAAGGGCCCUGCUUAUCUACCCUGCCAGAGUAGAUAAGGGGACUGGGCCCCUGGCUCAGUCUUGAGAUUCAGCUGGCUCUGGGGUGGGGCAUUGGGGCUGGAUGUAACAGGGCCCCUCACUCGUGCUAGGACACAGCUGGCUUUCAGGUUGGACAUUGGGAGCUGUAUAUAAUGAGGACCCUCUUUGGCGCUAACAUGCAGCUGGGUCUGGGGUGGAACACUGGGAGCUGUAUAAUGGGGAUCCUCAAUGGUGCUGAGAUGAGGCUGGCUCUGGGGUGGGACAUUAGGGCUGGAUGUAGCAGGGGCUUUCACUAGUGCUGAGCUGCGCCUUGCUAUGGGGUCAAAGUCAGGCCUGGGUAUAGCAGGGACACUCACUGGUACUGAGAUGCAACUGGCUCAAGUGGGUGCUGGGGCUGGAUAUAACAGGGAUGCUGGGAUGCGGCUGGCUCUGGGGUGGGGGGUCUGCACUUCUGAUGGAGUCACUCCUGGUCCUGUGCCAUGGGGGUGAGGGGUUCCCGUUAACCCUUUGGGGGCUGGGCCUGGCAGUGUGUGGGAGGGGGUAGGGAGGCUGGAGCCCCUUAACCUCUUGGCAGCUGGACUCUGGGCUGGGUGCUAUUAACCCCUCGGUGGCUGGACUGGCAGUGGGGGCUGGGUGUCAGAGUGAGUUGCUCUGUGCACACGGCGGGAAGGGGAAGUGGUUUUAGUGACAUGCAGUCCGCGGGGGAGGGGACGGGGUUCAGUUCUAGUGGCAGGAAGCCCCGGGUGUCUCUGGGGUGUGGAGCAGACGGCCAGUGGGCCAGGACUGGGGCCGGGAUGUCCUUCUCCGACCCGGACACAGGUUCUGAGCACGAUGCUGAGCUCAGUGCUGGAGCUUUUGCCCCAGCCCCUCCCUUUUCCCCACAGGGCGAGGCCCCCAGCUCGGUGCUGGCAGCGCUGGGGCUGGGGCCUGGGGGGGCUCCGGACCUGGCUGCGCCAGGGGUGCAGCAGCGGCUGGACGAAGAGCGGGAGCGCAUCCGGCGUGAGAUCCGCAAGGAGCUGAAGCUAAAGGAGGGGGCAGAGAACCUGCGACGUGCGACCACCGCCCGGCGCCACCAGGCCAGUGUGGAUGGGCUGCUCAAGGGCUCAGCCCGGCGCCUCCGUGACCUGCACGAACGCCUGCGCAGCCUCGAUGCCCACAUCAUGGUCAAGGAGACGCCUGAUGACCCAGAUGCCCCGCAGUCUCCUGGCAGCCAGAGUCGUGCAGCUGCAGCCGAGAGCCGCCUGGCCGGGCUGGAGAAGCAGCUCAACAUCGAGCUCAAGGUGAAGCAGGGGGCCGAGAACAUGAUCCAGACCUACGCCAAUGGCGCCUCCAAGGACCGGAAGCUGCUGCAGACGGCCCAGCAGAUGCUCCAGGACAGCAAGACCAAGAUUGACAUCAUCCGCAUGCAGAUGCGCAAGGCACUGCAGGCUGGAGCUGCUCCCCCGGACCCUGAUGACCCCACAGGUGCGGGGGAGCUGAGCUGUGCGGAGCUGCGGGUGGAGGAGCUUUGGCACCACUUUCGUGUGGAGCUAGCCGUGGCCGAGGGCGCUAAGAACGCUCUGCGCUUGCUCAGCUCUGGCUCCAGCAAGGUGCAGGACCGGCGUGCCACUAACGAGGCCCAGGCAAAGUUGACGGAGUCGAGCCAGAAAUUGGAUGUGCUGCGCCUGGCGCUGGAGUCUGGCAUCGCGGCCCUACCAGAUGGGCACCCCAAGGCCUGCCUGGUGCGGGAGGAGCUGGCUUUGGGUGCUCGCCAGCCCCCCCCCAGCCCCCACCCGCCUUUCACAGGAGUAGCCCCUCCCAGGGCAGCACUCGGGUCCCCUGCCCCUCAAGAACAGCCCCCUGGGGCACAACCCAUGUGUGAGAGCUGGGAAAGAACAUGGGCAUCUGGGCUCCCAGACCCCACUCCCCUCCCAGGGCUGGGAGAGAACCCAGGUAUCCCAGCUCCCCCUGCUGUAGCCCUCACAGAGCUGGAGAACACCCAGGUGUCCGGGCUCCCAUUGACACCCUCUCCCCCCACAAUAGGGACACUGGCCGUGCGGCUGCUAGGCUGUACGGGGCUGCUGGAGGUGGUGCCAGGGCGGAGCCGGGGUGCCCCUCCCUGGCUACCCUGCCACAGCUCUAGCCCUAGCCCCGGCCCCAGUGCCUCCUUCAUGGGCCGCAGCGGGCGCGGACUCUACAGCCGCACCGGGAGCCUCAGCGGGAGGACACCCCCCAAGGCCGAUGACCUCAGCAGUGAGGUGAGUGCAGUGUUGAAGGUUGACAACACUGUGAUGGGACAGACAGCCUGGAAGCCUGUGGGGCUGGAUGCAUGGGACCAAACCUUUGCCCUGGAGCUGGAGAGGGCCCGGGAGUUGGAGCUGUUGCUGUACUGGCGGGAUUACCGCAGCCUCUGUGCCCUGAAGCACCUCAAGCUGGAGGAUUUCCUGGAUAACCAGCUCCACGAAGUGCACCUUGGCCUGGAGCCCCAAGGCACGCUGCUGGCUGAGGUCACCUUCUUCAACCCAGUCAUUGAGCGCAUCCCCCGGCUGCAGCGCCAGAAAAAGAUCUUCUCCAAGCAGCAGGGCCGGGCCUUCCUGCGCGCUCGCCAGAUGAACAUUGACAUCGCUACCUGGGUGCGGCUGUUGCGUCGUGUCUUGCCAGCCCCCAGCGCCUCUUACAGCCCCAGUGCCCCACCCCGGCCUGGCCCUGCCCAUGGGGACAUUGCCAUUGAGAAGCUGAGCCUGGACAGUGACAAACCCCCAGUACCGCCUUGUGACCAGGAGGAUAGAGAGGAGCCCCUGGUCCCAACCCAGCGCACAAGAGAAGAUGAGAAGACACCUGUAGCAGAUGCCCCACAGCCAAGGAGCGGCAGCCUGCGCAGGAAGACGCCGCUGACCCUGGAUGACUUCAAGUUCCUGGCUGUGCUGGGCCGCGGGCACUUUGGCAAGGUGCUGCUGUCGGAGUGCACGCACACAGGGCAGCUCUACGCCGUCAAGGCACUGAAGAAGGGUGACAUCGUGGCCAGAGACGAGGUGGAGAGCCUGCUGUGCGAGAAGCGGAUCUUGGAAGCAGCAACGGAGGCACGCCACCCCUUCCUGGUGAACUUGGCCGCCUGCUUCCAGACUCCGGCACACGUCUGCUUUGUCAUGGAGUAUGCACCCGGCGGUGACUUGAUGAUGCACAUCCACACCGAUGUCUUCACUGAGCCCCGUGCCAUGUUUUAUGCUGCGUGCGUUGUCCUGGGGCUGCAGUUCCUGCAUGACCACAAGAUUGUUUACAGGGACCUAAAGCUGGACAACCUGCUGCUGGAUGCUGAGGGCUUUGUCAAGAUUGCCGACUUUGGGCUCUGCAAGGAAGGCAUGGGCUACGGGGACCGGACAAGCACAUUUUGCGGGACCCCGGAGUUCCUGGCACCCGAGGUGCUGACGGACACAUCCUACACACGAGCUGUAGACUGGUGGGGGCUGGGAGUCCUCAUCUACGAGAUGCUGGUGGGCGAGUCACCCUUUCCUGGAGAUGAUGAGGAGGAGGUUUUUGACAGCAUUGUGAAUGACGAGGUCCGUUACCCGCGCUUCCUGUCUACUGAGGCCAUCGGCCUCAUGCGCCGGCUGCUGCGUAGAAACCCUGAGAGGCGCCUGGGCUCCAGUGAGCGUGAUGCUGAGGACAUCCAACAACGUCCAUUUAUCUCCCGGCAGAACAUGGACUGGGAGGCCCUGCUGGGGCGCCGCCUGCCCCCACCCUUCGUGCCAACCAUCCAGGGCCGUGCCGACAUUAGCAACUUCGACGAGGAGUUCACGGCCGAGGCGCCCACGCUCACACCCCCUCGCGAGCCACGGCCCCUUGGGCCCAGUGACCAGGCCACUUUCCGUGACUUUGACUAUGUCUCUGAUGCCUGCUAAUCCUAGCAAGGGGAAGAGCCUGGGGCUGGGGGGGAGGAGCUGGACUGCAGCCCCCCGCCAACCCACUCCUCCCCUGCCCUGAGUUGCGGGGGAAGCCCAGCACUGUGAAGAGGUGGGGCAGGUAAGAGGCUCUGGUGGGAGGACAGGCUCUCCCAGACCCUCCCCUCCACUAGGGGGGUGUUAGAGACUCCGCUAUGGGAGGAGGGUUGUAGGGGCCUGGAGCCCAGAUGUCUGGGUUCCUUUCUUGGCUCUGCUGCUUUGCUGUGGGAGUGUGGGCUUAUGCCUCAGUUUCUCCCAUGUGCCCAUUGGGGGAGGGGUGGGGGCAGGAUGGAGCCUCUUCCCCACAUAGAGAGAGAUGUUCACCAGCCACCUCACACAGGCUUUGGGAAAGCCUUUAGAGCCCUGCAUACUUCAGCUGGGAGAGGAAAGGCAGCUUCUGCAUCGGGUUGAGAGCCUAGACAUCUGCGUUGUGUCCUCGGUUGCAAAACGGACAUUGAGGCCUUGUGAACUGGUGGCAGGGUGGGGGCUGGAUGCCCAAACCCAUGGGCAGGGCCAUCCCUAGGGCGUGCGAAUCAGGGUGACCACCCUAGGCCCCACGCUUUGGGGGGCCCCGCAGACAGUGCUGUAUAGGCCCUGCUGUGACCACCAUGCACCACUGCUGCCAAAUGUUGCUGGCUCUGCUCUGGCCACUCGCCACCCCCCCUGCCCUAACGGGCCCUGCACAGGCUGAUAUGCCCUGGCACUGCACACCGCUAAGGACAGCUCUGCCCAUGGGUGCUUGUUCCAGCCCUAGCUCAGUUUCCAUACUGGGAGCUGAGCAAACCUGAGUACCACCCCCAUCACUAGGGACCAAAGUUUAACAGUCAGCAAAAAGAGAAGGGGGCUUAUUACACAGUGGUGCCAGGGCUGCUAUAAGGGGGUGGCUCUGGACAUUCAGCAGCACUCCACAGCCUCCAGAAGGAGCCCCACUCCAUGUAUAGCACCUCCUAGGGGCUGCCUAGAGGGGUUUGUGCCCCUAGUACCUCCCCACCCCAAUGCUCAGGUGUGUUUGAAACAAUUUGCAGCCAAUAAACUCAGCCCAGGACUUUC